CACGAGCGGGCAGAGAAAUAAAUUAUUAUUUUGUGAUUAUAAACAAGUGUUAUAUCGAUUGGAUGGGUAAAGUUAUGAUAGCAAAUUCACUGCCGCCGCCCAAACGAAAGUGCCACGCCCACGCUCGCUCGAAGCAACAAACGAAAAAACAAUUAAAACUUAAGAAAAUCGAAAUCUAUUUUCUGCACAACAAUCUGUGCAAGAGAAAAACUUUAUCGCAUUUUCAAUUAUUGACGCUAAACCUUAAAUCGGAAAGUGAGUGAAAAUUCAAGUGAACAUUUCAACCAAAAAAAAAGAAACUUAACCAACUAAAAGGAAAAUCAAUUAAAAAAUUAUAUUAUAUAUAGAUAAACUUUCUCAGAGCUGCAGUUCAGACCAAGUGCUCAGCCAUGGUUGGUGUUGCCGCCGAUACAGCGCAGGCCGCACAAUUGUCCUCGGCCAAGAAUCCCAUGAUUAAGUACAUGCUAAAGCAGCGCGAGAAUCAUGCACGUGCCCAAGACGCGGACUAUUCGCAUGUCUUUCGCCGCAAGACACGAUUCGAGCUCUACCGCAUGUCCGCCAUUGCGAUGGCCAUUGAGUUUGCCUACGCGGCCGAGACGAGCUUUGUGUCGCCGAUUCUGCUCCAGAUUGGCAUCGAUCACAAGCACAUGACCAUGGCCUGGGGCCUGUCGCCGCUGAUUGGUUUCUUUGUCUCCCCACUGCUGGGCAGCGUCAGCGAUCGCUGCCAGCUGCGCUGGGGUCGACGCCGGCCGAUCAUUUCGCUGCUGUCGCUGGGCAUACUCUGUGGACUGAUACUGGUGCCCUAUGGCAAGGAUCUGGGCGUCUGGCUGGGCGAUGUGGGCUACAAUUACACCGAACUGAGUCCAACUUUUGGCAACGAGAGCGCUGUGGCUGCUUUUCUGUCCGCCGAACCGGAGACCGGCGCAACGGCUGCCAAUUUUAAAUUUGCUGUGAUUCUGACCAUUUUGGGCAUGGUGCUGUUGGACUUUGAUGCGGACACUUGCCAGACGCCGGCGCGCACCUAUUUGCUGGACAUGUGCGUGCCCGAGGAGCAGCCCAAGGCGCUGACCACAUUCACCUUAUUCGCGGGCUUUGGCGGCACCAUUGGCUAUGCCAUUGGCGGCAUCGAUUGGGAGACUACACACAUUGGCACCUUUCUGGGCGGCAAUAUACCCACGGUCUUUAGCCUGGUGACAAUUAUCUUUGCGAUCUGUUAUCUCAUCACGGUGACCACUUUCCGGGAGAUUCCGCUCAAGCUGAUCGAGCGCGACGAGAUGCUGCGUCCACUGUCCGAGGCGGCCAUCAAGAAGGAGCUGCAGAAAAACAACAAUGCCAUCUACUAUAUACAGGAGAACUCCACCCUGGACCAGCAGCGGGCCAACGAGCUGAAGGCCAUCGAGCUGAAGGCCAACGAGCUGAAGGCCAAUGGCUAUCAGAACAGCUAUUUGCCCGCGCUCAGCCGCAAGGUGAAUCCGCGCGAUGCGGAGCUUCAGGUGGAGGAUCAUUCGCCCAUUUCGCUGCGUGGCUAUCUGAAGAGCAUCUUCAUAAUGCCGCACUCGAUGCGCAUGCUGGCACUCACCAAUCUCUUCUGCUGGAUGGGUCAUGUCACCUAUUGCCUGUACUUUACGGACUUUGUCGGCGAGGCGGUCUUUCAUGGUGAUCCCACGGCGCCGCCCAACUCGGCGCCGCUGCAGCUUUAUGAGGAGGGUGUGCGCUUCGGCUGUUGGGGCAUGUCCAUCUAUGCCUUCUCCUGCUCCAUUUACUCCAUGUCGGUGACCAAGUUGAUGAAGUGGUUUGGCACCAAGGCGGUUUAUAUCAGCGGCAUGAUAUACUAUGGCAUUGGCAUGCUGAUCCUCGGCCUGUGGCCGACCAAGUGGGGCGUUCUCGUUUUCAGCACCUCGGCGGGCAUACUCUAUGGCACGCUCUUCACCAUGCCCUUCAUACUGGUGGCCAACUAUCAUGCCAAGAAUUGUUUCCGCGUGCACAAUGGCGAGACGGUGCCGCUGAAGCAGGCACGUGGCCUGGGCACCGAUGUGGCCAUCAUUAGCAGCAUGGUCUUCAUUGCCCAACUGAUUGUCUCGCUGAGCGUUGGCCCGCUCGUCGCCUGGAUGGAGACCACAUGCGCCAUUUUGUAUGCCUCGACAUUUUUAUCCUUUGCCGCGGCCAUUGCCGCCAUGUUUGUGCUCUAUGUCUAGGCGCCUUUGGGCGGGCCCCCUCUUGUUUUUUUUUUUUUUG